AUGGAAAACGGGAAAAGAGCAAAGCUGACCCAGAACAGCAGAGACACCAACAGUAAGAAGAAAAACCAAAGCGAAAACUGCAGUGGAUAUGAAGAUUUAGACGAUGAUGAAGCUGCCAGGAGAGCCAGAAUGGAAUAUAGAAUCGCAAGAGCAGAAGAUAUUAGGCGACAACAACAGGAGGAAGAGGAAAAGAGAAGAACCAGAGAAGCAAAAAAGAUGCAAGAGUGCAAGGUGGCGAAGCAUCAAAAGAAGCAAGACCAAAUGUAUCUGGAUCUGGCUGAGCUCAAACCGCCCUCAGAACUCAUCAAGGAAGGACUAGACAAAAUUAGGGAGGUUAGCCAGAAACCGGGCAACCUGAAAGGCACCUACAUCAAAAUGCUCAAGGAUGCGGCAGCCGGAAUAGAAAAAGCCGUUACCAGGUUAACAGCUCAGCGGCCAGAACCGAAAGCUGCCACGAUAGAAAAACUUGAGAGAGACAACUCUAAACUCUGCAAGGAAAUUAAGAGUCUGAGGAGGGACAUCGCGCAGAUGAAGGCAGAGGCGGCGGCUCAAUCACAGCCACUGCCUCCACCGCAGAAGCCAAACCAGCCACACCCGCCGCAGCCUCUAACACUGCAAAAAACACAGCAGCUGCAGAAGUUGCAGCAAGGCAACCCCAGUGAUAUGACCACUCAGGCAAUCCCAGAGGGUUUCCUUAUGCAACUACAAACGAUGAUACGAACACAGAUUGAAACUACAAUGGAGGCUAGAUUCCACGCAUUUGAAGAGAAACACCGGAAUACUCUCCUCGCGCAGAGAAUCCCUCCACGAAGCGUAAUCCUAGUGGACAUGCCAGGCACACCCAAAAAGGAAAUUAAUAAUAACAAUUCCAAGACUAACGGGAAAAUUACGGAGCAACUGAUGAGCGGCCCAAGAGAAUCUAAACCCAGCACACCGCAAGGAAUAAAGCAAGUAUGGACUGUAGUCAGUGGUAAAAGAAAAGAUAAGAAGAAAAGAAAUGAUAGCAAGGAUGGAAAAAAUACUGUCACUGAACAAAGUGGGCAGCCGCAUCAGCAACAACGAGAACCAAAAAGUGGUACUAGGACAACUCUGAAGCCUCCAUCUGUUACGUCCUAUGCGUGA